GGUGGAAAUUGCCCGUUAGCGUGAUCAUGUUCGCUAUCUAAAGUCUUAAAACUCCUGUGAGGAACUAUUUUAUUUCUGUGCGAGUUUUGGCGCCCCCUGUGGACAAAUCGGUCUUUGCUUAUUAUCUCAUCCCCCUGACUUUUGACAGUCAAACGUUUUAUUUAUUGUGGAUAAAAACAGGAAAGUUUAAUCAGCUGCACAUGUAAAAAUGUAUUUCAGUUUAUUUCACUGAAGUAAAAAAACUCUUUAAAUGAAUAAACUCUAUGAGAUAAUGUAGGAUCAACAUUAAAGCAAUAUUCAGUUUUAUUCUUUGUGCUGAAAGUUCAUCUCAGAGUCAUGCCCCCCUCUUUUUUUCAGCCUGAUGAGGAUGACUCUCAUCUGUUGGUGGGAUGCUUCCUUUGUUUUUCACUCUUCUUCCUCUCUCCUGCUCUGUAAAAUCUCUCCAUGGUGACUCUUUCUUCUUUAUCUCAGUGCAGCGUCUCUGCUGCUUUUGCCUUUUCCUCCUCGCUGCACCGUUUCCUACAAUCCGACACGGCAGCAACAUCACGGUCUUCGUGUAAAUCCGUCUGAGCGUGGCAGAGUGUCUGUAAGACGCCCUCCUCCUCCUCCUCCUGACAGCGGCUGUAUUGAGGACCGCUCUGGCCUCCUCUAUUAGAGACAAGCCGAGUCUUUUACACGGCGGUGACUCCGUGUGUGUGCAGCUCUGAUAGAAGGUUACGAUCCGUGUGUCGACACAAACGCUGCAUUUUCAGGCCUCAUUUCUCAAGAUUUACCACGAGCCUCACGUGGAACCACGCCAGGUAAGCACUGGUCGUUAUUAACCAGCCGGAGCUCUUGACAGAUGUUUUUCUAAUACAGUACGGCGCUUUUUUCCCCCCUCCAUCAAAAGAGACCCAACAGCAGCAUCGAGGGCAGAUCUGUGCGAUUUUCCAGCAGAUGAAAGUGAAUAUGUAAUUAACACGCUGUAAUUGCUGGCAGUCUCUCCUCUUUUUAUAUCAAGAUGAAAUGAUGCGAGCUCUUUCCCCAGCCAAGGUCAGAGGCCCGAGCCUAUGCCGUACAUAUUUAAUGUGGAGAGACAGAAUGUGAACAUGUGUGACUGGAUCCUCCAUCUUUACUGGAUCUGAACCUCCUCCUCAGCUGCUGAUGCUCAUUUUGGGCCUGUGGAGUAAAUAACUCACUCAAAUCAAUCACCGUGUUGCAUCUUAACUCUGCAUUAUUGAUUAUUUUCAAUGAACCGUUAAUGAGAAAUGUUUUUUUCUUUCACUUUGCAGAAGAUGAUUGUUCAUUUCCUCAUUUUCCAACAUUAUUCGGUAGCCAGACCGCAGCUCCAACUCGCUCCGCCUCACAUAAAAGCGAACGGGCUACCUCCGCCUCGUGUGCUGACGUGGUUUUGUGGCUCGUUCUUCAUUUUGAAAUUGUUUCAGCGUUACCGCCGAGCUCUAUAAACGCUCGCCCAACCGCCGUUCUGCUCCCUGCAAACAGCAUGGCGAGCUCGAGCCCUAAACGGACUUCAAACGUAGAGAAGGAGAAUGAUUCAGCUUCACGAGCACCCGUGAAGAAUCCGUUGUUGGACGGUGAGAGAUGGAGCUGUUAACGUCCCCCCACCUCCAUCCCGGUGCCCACCAAUGGGAUCAGAUUAAGUCGGGCUAUCGGGGCCCGUCCGGUGCUGGAUGCAUGAUGACCUCAUCAGAUGUGGUUCGGGUGGUUUGGCAGCAGAGGAGCGAGUGUAAGCCGUGGCAGGAGAUGAGAGGAAACUCAGCAGAGACAUUUUCUGCGAGAAGAGCCCGUUGGUGCAGACACCGGCAAAGUUUAUGUGACGCAAGUUAGCCGCCGAGAGCGAUGCUUUGGAGACACACGGGGGUCUAAAUCCUCCACAGAGACACAUGCAAGAAAAAACCUCUUUGCUCACUUGUUUCCUUCUGUAUGUGGGAGCGCUGAGACGUUGAUAGUUUGGAAAAUCGGGAGGUUAUUAUUGUAAAAUAGUUAAACAGGUUUGCAGAGUGUGGCUAACACUAGAAGAGCUAGUACCACCAGUCUGUGAUCCUUCUCGAUGAGCUGGUGCCUGUUAACCAGAAAUAUUCCAAAUCCAGCUCCUUCUCAGUUUUCUGCAUCAAAACGGCGAAACUACGAGUCACCAUCUGUCAUGUUUAGAGGAGCAUUCUGGGAUUAUUGCAGCUUGACACCACCGGUCUGACUAGUGGUAGAAAGAUGUACUACAGCUUCAACACACCUCAGGCCCACAAAAACAAGAUAUUAAUGACUCGUUUAAUUGACGAUUGAUUUAAUAAUGUAUUGCACACAUCCUUAUUACUAUGUUUAAAAUGUAAAUAUAAACAAACUGUAAGAUAACACUUCCAAGAGGACGUCUUCAAGUUACUAUUUUAAUCAUAAUUAAUUAUGAAAAGAGUGAGAGUCCAAAAAUAAAUUGAAAAAGUAAAACAAAAAAAAGAAAUUAGUAGUAAAUCUAAAAGUAAUUGCGCUUCCAGGUUUUUAAGACAUAAAAAUGCUUUCAAAUGCAAAAGAAGGUUUUUGCGAUUAAUCGCUGAUAAAUUCUGCGAUUAAUCGUGUAUUAAAAAAGAAAAUACACAGCCAACAAAAUAGAUUUUUUUAAAAAGCAAUAUAGGGAGAUGGAAACAAAAUUAAACAAAUUUUAACCCACCUGUUUAUUAAGACUUAAAACUACUUUCACAUGAGAAAAUGGAGUAAUUUUGAAUGUUGAAAAAAUUCAAUUUAUUGCUUCUAACCGUUGAAAUUGUACAAUUAAUCGUGAGUUUUAAAAUAGAGUAUUUGACAGGAACAAAAAAGAAGUGAUAAAUGAAAAAUCCAGAGAGCGACGUGCUGAUUUUGACCAAAAGUGUCUUUUAAUAUGGAAAAUAAAGGAAAUUUAAAUGUAUGAUUAAAAAUGCAACCUAUCCAGAAUUAGCUUUUAAAAUUCUGAGUUUUUGUGAUUUUGAAAAUUUAUCGACAGUCUUAAAAAUAAACAGAAAAGAAAACAAAAACCUAAAAAUGUAUAAUGACCUUUAGAUGCAGUCAGCGUCCUGGUUUAGACUUUAAAAAUGCAGAAUAAAAGAAUUUUAACGUGCCAUUAAGAAUGCGAUUAAUUGCGAUUAAUUUGAAAAUCUGCGAUUAAUCGCGAUUCUGAACAAGUAUUGAUUGAUUGACAGCCCAGAGAGGAAAUAACAUUUUAAGAAACAGAAACUGGAGAAAAACUUCAAACCUGGUUAAUUCAGACUUAAAACUGCAUUUACAUGAAAAACAACAGAAUGUUCAACAUCCGGGUACAAACGUGAUUAAUCGCAAUGAACUGUUGAAACUACAAUUAAAAGUGAUGAGAAUGAAAAUACUUUGAUUGACAGCCACAAAUCAAAAAAUGGAAAUGAAUAUGAGAUUUAAAUUUAAAACUCAGUUUCUACCUGUAACUCCAUAAAAUCAAACACAACUGACCAGAGAAGACUUUCAUAUUGAUUAUUGUGCACUUAACUUUGGGUUUCCUAAAAUCUACUUCACACACUCAUUAGAAAAUAUAAUCAAACGGUUUCAGAUGCAAAGAAACGAGUUUAUUUCUUCGUUUAUAUUUCCAGUUUUUAAAAAACCAUUGCUCCGUGUUGCAGAGGUGAUUUUGAACCUUUACCACAUUGAGAAAACGCCCCUAAGUGCCGCUGUAAUCACCAGUUUAAUGCUGUACUGUAACAUGACAGACGUCACCGAAAAGAAAAAGUGACAGAAAAUCUUCCAGAUCUGCCGGAGCUCACAGACCAUUAAUUGCAGUUGUGACGCUUUUUUCCCCCUCAUGUAGAUCAACAAUGUCUUUAGCAAUUAGACCCCACGCCCUCCCCCUUCCUCAGUCUGGGGCUCGAGUCCUGCAUGUCACCCUCUUCACAUAAUGAAGAGACAGGCGGCGUCAUGCGCGGACUUGGCGAUCCGCUCCUGACAUGAGAGUUAGAGUAUUAAAUGGACUAACUGCCGGCUUUACCGCGGAGGAACACCGGCGUGUGAGCCCAAUGAUUACCGCCGCCCCAAACAGAAAUGACAUUUGUCUGACAAUAAAAUUGGAUACUAACCUGUCUGAAAGCAGUCUCCAUUUGCCUAGAACAAACGUUGGCAAACAGUUUGACACACUUUCCCCUUGAAUGCAAAGAGACGGCGAGCCAUCCUUUGGCUCACGGUAAUGGCCCCUCAUUGUUGGCCGCAGAGGAUGUGGCGCUAUUCAUACCGGUGGAUGAUUGAAAAGAAAAUUGAAUCCCUUUUGAUGUGAUAAAUGUGUCUAUUACUGCAUUUGCACACAAAAUGUCGGUGGAAAUUAUAGUGGGGAGGCAGGGCUCAGAGGAGAAAAUACAUAGGGAUGGCAUAUUGGCUAGCUUUGAUUGGAGCUGAAAUAUAAAUAUACUGUACCGGUGGAUGUAAUGAGUCCAAGCUCCCUGAUUUUUCCACAGGAACUUCACAAAUGAAAGGCCUUGACAGCCCCAAUUGUAAGACUAUAUAAAAAGGUUAAAUGUCUGCAUAACUGCCUCUCUCUUUUUCUCUUCAGAGAGCUGUUUGAUAAAGGACACCAACAACUGUUUGCCUUCUAAUAAAAGGGAAUUUUCUCUUUUCAAAAACUUCUGAAAGACGCCAAGAAGCCGCCGAGAAAGGAGCCCCGCUGUUCUGCGGUGCGUCAACGACCCUCCUCUGAAGGACAAACUCAUUUCAGAUUGUUAAAUUGGUUGAUGAAGUAGUUUCAUGUACAGGUUUACAAAAAAAAUCACUUUUUUAUGGCCUUUUAGGAAAUGAAUGGAAUGCAGGUUUAAUAAGAGGUGUUCUUUUUUCGUAGUCGACAGUUGUAGGGAACAUUUCAUAAGGAUAUUGAGGUGAUACUUAUUAACGUCGCUAAAUCUUGACUUUUUCAAAAUGACCUCAAAUACCGAUCUUAGUAUCCUCCAUGUGUGAAGAAGAGCCCAAAGUUUAGAGAAUCUAUCUUUACAAACGUGUUUUCUGACGCACUAAUGUGGAAAAAUUUAACAUUACAGCUCCUGUGAGCAGUUUUUUGGCAUCCCUGGAAUAGCCUUGAAUUUGUAUUCAUGCAAAAAGGACCAUCAGUAUCAAAAUGAUUGAUUUUUAUAUGUUAACUUUUAAAGGAUAAAAUUGGUGUGAAGGUGGAAGUUUUCAGUUUUAUUAAUUCCCACAUUAAAUAUUAACAAUGAACGAUAAAUUUCACUGUCAAAAGUCAGCAGGAUGAGAUUCAGUCAGAAGACGUUAUUUAAACAAUGGAGAUAGAGACUGCUUUGACCACAGGGGGCGCCAAAACUGCCACAGUAAAGUUCCUCAUAGAAGUUUUAAAAUCGGGGUAUUAUGCUUUUUUUCCCCAGAGUCUAUACUUCCUUUCUCGAACAGUUUUACAUGAUUUUCAGAUCCAAAAGAGCCUAAAAUUUCUUACUCUGGUGCAUUAAAGUAUCACACUUUUUUUCUGGCUGCUGUCUCUUUAAGGCCCGCCCUCUCCACGACUCUACUUUCUUCUGAUUGGCCACGUCCAUGGAGGCAUUACAGAAGCUGGCUGAGUGCAGAUGUUCUGGCUCCGCCCCCUCUAUUUGUGGUCCAUCAGUUGAGACCUCCUUCAUUCCUCUUGAGUUGGUCUAAAGGAAUAUUAAUUUCCCUUUUAUGGGGAUCUUACAGAGCGUGCGUAUUUGCCACUAGCACAGAUUUAACUGUUGAGUAUAAAGAUUUGAUGGAAUUAAAGCACUUCAGCGUAGACUGAGAAAUCUCAACAACCAUUGGAUAAGACUUCAUUUACAUUACACAUGCAGGUAGAGUGCAGACGACUCCAUCCUUCAUGAAAUGGUGAAUGAUAGCAUUGUAAAACUUCGUCAUGUGUGGUUAGCACAUGUUCACCAAAGUCUCUCCAGUCAUGAAAUACCGUUAAAAUUCCUACUAAGGUUCGGUGGAAACAGGUCAGCCACUCAUGGUAGCCCGAAGUUUCUAUGCUGGAUCAAACUCUCUGCUUCCACCUGGAUUUGGUGACGAGGCUAACAUUGGUGGCUUAGCUACACGCUUAGAGAAUGUGGCUCUGAAAUCACUUUUCUGUCGGCACAUUUGUUCUGAAAACGAAUCUUAUGUAAAAACCAUGGAGGCGUACACAAAACAAACAAAAAUUCUGUUUUUCAAUCACAGUUUUUGCCAGAAGGAUGCUAUCAAAGCCGAACAGCUGACAGUAAAUUCAUCCAGUAAAUGUGGUUUUUAUUUUUGUGCUCUGGGGUUAAAUGGUGACUGAGAUUGUUAAAAACAUAGAUGCAGCCUCAGUGACCUUUAGUCUUUAUGCUAACCUGUCUGUCAAGUCAGCUGUUCCCCUAAUCAAGCAAAACUCAUAACCUUAAAAUCUUCAGCACGAGUGAAUUAUCAAUAAAAUUCACGGUGUGCGGAGAAUUACACGAGCUAUUCAGACCAGAAUCGUUCUUGUAUCAGGCUGUGAACGUGUGUGUUUUUGCUGCAAAGUUGACCCGUUUUGAAUGGGUGUGUAUGUGACUUUUAGAACCUUCAGAGCCAGCCUCUAGUGGACACUGGAGGAACUGCAGAUGAAACUCUUAUGUAUUGUUUUGGUUAUUGCAAGAAAAUGUAACCCUUAGUAUGAGAUAAAUAACUUGAUAUUAAGGAGAGUGGGUGCAAAAAUAUUUUAUUUUUAUGACUAUACAUCGUCCUGUCCUUGUUUUUAUUUCCACUUCUCAGUGAAUAGACGGAGCUCGGCUUUUAUUUCUUGAUUUCAGUGGGGAAAAAAAACAUCAUCUGAGCUGUGUCAGGAAGUCAAGAGAAACUCCAGCAACAUUAACUCAGUUUUGUUUCUCUUUUGUGCCGUCUUCGACAAAACUGUUGCUUUGUUGAUCCUUUUAUAAAUGAUUAAUUUUCAAGGCUCAAAGGCCCAAAAGUUAAUGUCUUCAUUCUCCUCAGCCGCGAUGAAGAGGAGGGAGGGAAAAAGGAUCCAGACUCCGAGUGAGUGAGUCUGUCAGAACAGUAGAUUAACGCACGCUCGGGUUAGAACACUCACGGGUUAUUGUCUGUGUCAGCCCUCCUCUCCAGCUUUAUUUAAGAGCUCCGCCGCAAACACCGACUCCUCUCUUCUGUUCUCCAGCCUGACCCUUACAUUUUUAAUCUCCACGCUCAUCUCUCUCUCAACGCACAACGUCUUUGAUGAUGAGCCCCCCUUUGAUGGCGAGCGAACUUCAUUUGCGUCUAAAAGCUUGCAAAGUAUUCGGUUCAAGAUGAUCACCGCGUUCGUGACUUCUAGGCAAUUACAGUAAUGAUGCGAAAUGGUAAACAUUGGCCCAACAUCUAAAUAAUUUAACAGGCUGAAAACACGCCGCUCCAAUGUUUAUGAAAGUCGUUUUGUGUUUACAGAGUGAUCAUGUUGAAAUGUUCUGUGGCAUUGAGUUAGCAUAAAAGGUCCUGUUUGAAUGGACUAACUGUGUGAUGUUUAAAUGGCUCCUCUGGAUUUCACCACCACUUGGGUCAAACAAUGGACUCCACCCAUUUAAAGUUGUUUUUUCUGCACGCACGCCAAAGCAUCUGAAACUGUUUACAGAGCCCAAAGUCAUUUUAAUGGCCCCAUUUCUGUUGUGUGCUUACUUUUAGGCUUGAAUGAAGUUCAAUAAAGUAAUCUGUAACCUACAUUCGGCGUCCCCCCAUGUGGGACUCGCUGCAGCGAUGUUCGCGGCGAGCCAAGUUUUAAUGUUAGAUCAGCGCGGAGGGGCAUCAGAUGUCUGAGAGCUGUGUUAAACUGACUGCAAGGAGGUUUAGUUUUAGGAAAGAAAAUAUACUCAGCCCAGUUUGGAGACUGGUGUCUUAUUUUUGUGGCUGACAGUGCUGACGGACUGACGUUUAUUUGAACGGGUUACAACUAUACACGGCAUAAAACACCGACUUUAUCCAAGUGACUUCACCCUCCGGUUUCUGGGGCGACGUCUUGAAGUCAAGCAUUUGCUGUGGAAAUAAGUUUGAAGUAGUAGUCAAGGUUCACCCCCCAUUUCUACCGGAUCUGGAAUGCCAAUUGGCGGCGAUUUUUGCCGUCUGCCAAUUCCUUCUGGAUCUGUUUGUGAGGCGAAUUUCGUGGCGGAUUACGGACAGCAGGAAUUGCGAGGACUCACACAAAAACCCGUGAUAACGAGUUGCCUCAAUAAAGACAGAUACAUAGACAUAUAAGCAGUAGAUUGUGUCUUUUCAGAGGAGGAAAUCUACUUCUAGACUUCCAGAAUUCUGGACGCGUCCCGUUAGAGGUGUUCCGGACAUGUCCCACCAGGAGGAGACCUCGUGGCCGGCCCAGGACCAGGUGGAGGGAUUACAUCUCUCGCCUGGCCUGGGAGCGCCUGGGAAUCCCCCCCAAAGGAGGAGCUGGUGGAAGCGGCUGGGUUGAGGGCCGUCUGGGCUUCCCUCCUGAAGCUGCUGUCCCCAUGACCCGGACCCGAAGAAGCGGAUGAAAAUGACAACGACUUCCAUAAUCAGCAUCUCCUCAUCCAUGGUGUCAUCGGGGUGAAAUAGUGACUGAAAACCUUUCACUUCUUUGCAAAACAAAAACACGAUCCUCCUGAAACACAGAGAGUGUUUUCUUGAAAAGAAGCCGGAUGUUUUAUUUUGUGUCUGUGCCCGACUUCCUUUCCAGCACGGGUUAAUCUGUGCUAAAUUUACGCAGCAUGCUGAGGCGUCUGAAAACAAAAGGACCCUGGCGAUUGGCUGCAGAAUCCGCUGAACUGCAGCGGGACAGAAAGAAGCCGGUGGAAUUUGACACAUUAUCUUGAGUGGAAACGAUCAGCUGUGAUCGGCGCAGACCGCCUUUUCGCUGCCAUUGCGGAUGCGGUGGAAAUUGGGGGUUAUCGCUCCUCGACCCGCCAUGUCCCACAGGAGCUAGCUCAAAUGAAGCUAACGCAGCGACUCUGACUGUUACAGAGCACCACUCUCACAGCAAAAUAAAAUCCUGUUUUGCUAAAUUCCACUUACACAACACGUCAGACACCAUUUUUGAAGUAUCUUGAGUUUUCCUCGGUGUCGGUCUUCAGCACAGAGGACUUGUCAUGAAUACGGCUCACUGUCUGUUUUCACAGGAACUUUAUCAACAGACUGAAAGUGGCUCUGAGGGUAAUUUUGAGUCGAUGGGAUUAUUUUUAUUCUUAAAAGCCUUAUAUCAGUUUAGUUUGGUCCUAAUUAUUUACUUCCUGUUAAAAUCAGUAAACUGGAGCAGAAGGAGGUCUGGUAAAGAAUCAGUGUUUGUUCUCCUCUCUGUUGAGUUGUGUUUUAACUCCACACCUGCCUGCAGCAGCAGAGCUGUGGUCUGUGGGGGUUAAUGUGUAAACUCUACAGCAUGUCCAUGAAGAUGUCCACAGGAACAUUGGCCCCUGAUAAGCCAGCCGGGUUGCUGAGUCACUGGACACUUGAGUGGACAAUUUCGGCAGAUUCAGACACGGCUCAUGGUUCUAGAAUCGAUCUGUUUCAGCAGGUCUUUGAGCUGUGUUCCGGAUCAGGAGAACCUUUCAGAGGACCUAGUUCGAGUUUGUAGAACUUCAUGAUUGAACCUUCACUGGACCGUCCAGAUAUACUUGGAGGAUGUUUUGAUGAACGUAUCCUGCACCUCUGAGUGAUUUUGUAGUGAACGUGAACGUCUUUGGAUCUACUGUUUCGAUUAUGGACAGAUAUUCUUCUCACGCCGAGGAUCCACUUGUCCACGUGGACAUCCGGAUCGAUGAGCAGGAACCUCGUAGAGGAAUCCUGGAACUCCUCAGGAGACUCCGUCCUCACUGGAAGGCUAAGAACGUUCAGAUGAAGGCAAGUGAUUGUUUGAUUCUCCAGACAGAGGACUGGAUUAUGAGUUAGAGUUUCAUGAGGUUUGGGUUUUAAUGAGUAUAAAAACUAAUGAUUCAAAACUCAGCCACCUUCAGGUGAAGCAUCUUAAAAUCUUUAAGUCUUCUUCUUGUCGUUUCGAUUAAGUCAACAAUUCAGUCCUCUGUUUAGAUGUUGGUUGAAUUUGCGUUGACUGUCGUCACCAUGAUCGUGUCUGUCGCUCUUCCUCCUUUAACCACCUAACUUCAUGAUUUUCUUCUCCGUCAGAUCACAUGGUAGAUUCAUGUUAGGCUGCUCCGCCUCAGGUUCCCCUCAAACAUCAGGAUAUCUAUCAGAUUUAUGACUUUGACAGCACUCUGGUCUGCUUCUGGUGUUUUUUUCAGGGUAAAUUUGACUCGGAUAUCUUUGUAGGAGCGGGUACCUUUGAGGGCGGCCCCCAUCUUUCACUAUGAAGGGACAAACUAAUCAAUCAAUCAAUCAAUCAAUCAAUCAAUCAAUCAACCAGAUUUUAUUUCUAUAGCACCAAUUCACAACAGUCGUCAUCCCAAGACGCUUUCCAAAGAAAAGAGCAGGUCUAGACUACGCUCACUGUUUGAUGGAUUAUCAAGACCCAACCUAAGAUGGGAUUUGGCUCAUCUCAUCCAACGUGAGUGACAGCGGCGAGGAAGAACUUCCUUUUAAAAACCUCGAGUAGGACCAGACACGUGCUAGAGAGCCACCAGGCCGCUGCUGGGUUUGGGAGGAUACAGAGAGAGAGAGAGAGAGAGAGAGAGAACUAGUAAAUGCUCGUUUUUAUAUGUGAGCAGUAGUUGGUAAAAACUAGACGAAUGGAGGAUCGCACUAACCAUGAACAGUGUUCUCACGAUCGGUGUCGAGACUGUAGUCCACUCUGAAGACGGUGAAUGGCGUUGGAUUUCCGCCGUGCAUUUGACAUGGCUAAUUCUACGAGCAGUUACGAUGUGGUUGGUAGAGCUUACGAAGCGAACUCUGGAGGAGUUCGUAAACAAAUCAGGACAAAAACACUUGUACGGUUUGACAGAAGUCCAGCUGCUGUCCAAUCGGUGAAUCUGAAGAGUCUACGAAACUUUCCAUCAAACACCUAAAGAGAAAAUGUAACUCUACGUCAGUUUUCAGUUAUCUUUGUACGUUUUUUGUUUGCAGAAACUAACGGGCCUUGAGAUGAAAAUGAUGAAGUCAGGCACGUUGAGGGACGAAUGGUUACCCAUGGCUAAAUUAGAUCUUUUUAAAGGUUUAACCUUCUGAUAUCGACAUGAUCUUGAGGAGAAUUGUGUCAAACUGCAACUGAAACUCAAAAACAUGUCUCUUAGUCUCUACAUGUUUCUGUCUUUAAAAUAAAAGAAUAAUGUCGUAACGAUGAUUUAACAGCACAUGGUGCAGAAACCUUUACUUAUGGCUGUAUGUAGAGAAACUCCCUUUAAAAGCAGCAGACAGUCCAAGGUGAUCGGACACAAUAGUGGACUUUAUUAUUAUCCUCUAACCCUGGGAACAGAUGAGCAGUGUUGUCACAGCAGCUGUUCAGAACAGGAUAAUCCUUUUCUGGUCCCAUGUGCAAACACAAGGUCCAAUCUUUCGGAGAAAUAGGGUUUCUGUUUGUCAGGUGACGGCCCGGCGGGUGGGUGACCUCUCAAUCUACAGCGGGGCCAGAAAUGUACACAAAAAAGUGGAUGUUUCCCAUCAGCGCUCAGAUCCCCGCUCUCUCUUUAAUGAUGUAUUGUGUUGCUCUGUUUGGAGUUUACAGACAGACGCAGUUUCUGCUGCUACUCUGCUGUCAGUGGUUCUUUCACAGACCUGUCCUCUCUAACUACCUCCUGUUAGAGCUGGUUUUCACGUGUGUCACCGUCUGACUGGAGGUGCUUUUAAGCCGUCCUGUGAGUCUCCUGUGAAUCAAGGUGAUGCAAAGAGAGGUAUAGUUUCUGAUUGGCUGCAGAGUCAAUUCACCCCUGACACUAAAGGUCCUUUCACAUCGGGAUCGUUUUUGUCAUGCGAUUAUUUCCGACGUCAGUAUUUUUUUGGAACCCAUAUACUGUCAAUACAAGCGUUCACAUCAGCGACGUUUUCCGGUCCUGCGAUAUUGCGGCAUUUUUUUUUUUUGCAUCACGGUUGAUUUUCACAUCAGAUUUGUUGUUGUUGGACGUCAGAUUCACCGGUAUAUCCAACACAAACAUUACAAAGAUAACGACCUGAAGGACGACUUGUGGAGAGUCAUAGCGUCGGAUUUCUCAUAUGACGAUGGUUUUUGUGCUUUAACAGUUUGAUAAACGUCUUUGUUUGAACUUUCAUCUGUGCUAAGUAACUUUAGCUCUAAGCUAACCUGUUCAGAUACAACAUACCAUAUGUAUUUUCACUCGCGUUGCUGUCACAGCACCAUUAGGUCUCGGUUGUUACCUUACGUUUAUGGAUUAUAGUUUAAUGUGUUUAUCUGGUUCUGACCCGACUCAGUACAUGCUAUCAUGACAGACAGACAUCUCAACACUAGAGUCUGAUCAGAACUGAAAAACACUCAGUCUAGUAUAGUCAGGCGCAUCAAAAUUCGCCUCUGAAUAUUUCGUAAUUUCGCGUCGUAUAUUUGCGCUGUUCCAGUUGUUUAAGGACCUUAAAACGGCAAUAAAAUUGGUGAAAUUCCCUGUGCGUAAUUUCAGAUUAAUGUUCCGGCUCUGUAGGAAAUGGUUUACUGUGGGGUAGAGCGGCACGAUUUUCCGAAAAGUGGAUUUUCGAUUUUUUUAUUUAGUGACAACUUCAAUAAACUUGGAACCCAGGAAAUGGACAAAAGACAGAAGAAGAGUACAGAGCAUGUGUGUAAAGGUUGUUUUGGCGCCAUAGAAGAGUUCCUCUGUGUGUCACAUGAUCGUUUCCAGAGAUGCAGAUAGACAUCCACACGGAGAUGAAAUGGUCGUCGUUUACAGAUUUAUUCACUCUCUGACCCGUUUUUAAAAAGUACAGUUUACAGUCUCUUAAAACGCCGAUACGACAAAAAACUUUUGCGUUUCCUCCUGAAUUUGUUUCCAUGGUGACGCCUUCAGACAGACUUUGCAGACUCUUCAUCUGGAACUGUGAAGUCGUACCAAUUCAACACGACUGACUCGCUCUUGUCCUAUUUAACCACGACAUUAUCGCCUUUUUUAGCAAACGCCAUGUUUGUUUACACUGGUGUGUGUGGGAACUGGGGAGCCUACGGUGGCCUGGAGGUCUGAGACAUGAUAGAGAGUAAAAUGGAUUUGAGGAUUUUACUUUUUCAACAUUGUCAUAAUUAAAUAAUCUGAUUAAUCGUGCAGCUUUAGGUCUUUGUAAAUCGAAUCGAGUCUCGACCGUCUUUUUUGUGAAGGGUAAAUAUCACAAACACAAACAGGAGAGACCUCAAACAGAAACAGAUGGUUGUGUGUUUGUUUGUAGAAGGACGUUCAGAAUGUGACUCCUCUGGUCCCGGGCGCUGACUCUGAAUACCCUCUAUAAGAUAAGACGAGAUAAGCGAACUUUAUCGAUCAUCUACGUGUCACAACAGCUCCCAGAGACAUAGAGACAGAGUCCAUCAGUGCGAUUCAAACCAACGAUCACAGUUUCCAUGUGGUCAUAAAUACUUGAUGGGCUGUCCAGGUGAUCGUGUUUGUUCACUUUCAUUCUCGAUGGAAACCUCUGUUCUGAGCAGACCCCGUCCGAGGCUCGUGGAGUCCUCUGGGGACUGUGGCGAGGGAAUGAAAGACUCUGAAAACCACCGAAUGACAACAAAAGCCCCACGAGGCCGCGGCGAGCAAACACUGGUCACUGUGGUAUUGUUGAGUACACACAAAAACAAACACACACUGACAGAGCGGUGGAGGUUCGAGGUUCAGCUCCCGGAGUCGACGCAUAAAUUAACCGUCAUUAACCUGCUGAAGCGUCGACCGUAGACCUGAACCGGAGCACUUUUCUGCUCCUUCAGUCCAACUUUAAUCAUCUUUCGGGACGCCGUCGAGUCGAGUCGAGUCGAGUCGUCCUCCCAGAACAUUUCUCCUCAGAGAGUUUCGUCUUUUAACUUUAAUGGGAUAUUUUUCUUUUUUUACACGGAGUAUUUCUCUCUCUGUGGUUUCUGUAUUUUCUUUUUUUAACUCUCUCCUUUAACGGUGUUGCUUGUGUUUUUGACGUUUUGUUAUUCUGGAGGAUUUUGACUUGAGAAACUCCAGAUUAAAUGUGGUUUGAUGCUAAGCAUGCGGGCAUUUCCUCAAGUUUCAUUCGAAGCUCCAAUAAUCUCCUGCUGGUAAAUGAUCUUUGUACCAAAAAAUACAAACUUUGACCAAAGUUUGGCGACUGGUUUGAGGCCGAUUAGCUGAGACGUCGGUAAAGACGCUAAUAUGAUACCAAAAAGUUGGAGAACAGAUUCAUGAAACCAAACUUUUUGCAACUUUUUUUUUGUACCACGAUUUAUAAACACAAACUCUCCUGUUUCAGUGAUCGAAUGAGAAAACGACGGCCUGUUGUGUAAAGCAGAAAAACUAACGUGUGAGAAAAGCCGUAAACUCCACCUUAAAGGGCAUUCCCCUGUUUUACUAGCAGCUGUGUUAUCGUUGUUAUCUGCAAAGUUCCACAUCAGAGCGUCUUUACAGCCUUCUUAGAAAAUCUGUCAGUUUAUGGACUCUGUAGAGACCGCAGAUCUGCUGACCCUUCAUGAACCGGCUCAGGUCCUCAGGUGAGGCGGUUCUGGUUCUUUUAAAGUCGAGGGUUGAAUCUAAAGAGGGUCGUGUUUUUGGAGAAGAUACGGUCUUUCGUAGUAGAUCUUCUGUGAUGAGACAUCUGUUUAUCACCUUUUUAAUCUUCUUAUUUUAUUCUCCUCUUUUCUUUCAUCACCUGUAAGUGUCUCUCCUGUUUCCCUCUUCCUCCUCCUCUUCCUCCUCCUCUCAUAUUUGUCCUUAUCUGUUUUUCUCUGACUCGGCUCUCGCUCUGUUUUGUGGUUUUUGCUCGUGUUUGGGUUCAGUUCUGUCGUCUGUUCUGGUUUUGUAAAAAACGUUUCAGUGGUGCUAAAUAAAUUUCUUAUAAAUCUUUGUCUUAUUCUGUUUUUUUUUCAUGUUUCUUUUAUUUUCUCAUGUCUCUUGUUUUUCUUCUUUCAUACUUUUUUUUGUUUUUUGUCUUUUUCUUCUCGUCGUUCACUCGCCUGAAUCAUAUUUUUAACAAGCAGGUUCUUAAAAAACUUUGUCCGUUUGGUCUCAUAGAGCCUGA